GACUAAAACUGGGAGUAACUCCCAAGCUGCCGUAUAUUCUAAGGCCAACAACCAUGCUCUAAAUAUCCUAACUAAGUUUGACCUUAAUGUCUCAUCAUUCAUGGAAGCUCUUUUACCCACUGCACUAAACUUCUUUUCUACAUUAUAUACACAAUUCUAACUCCACAGACAGUCCCUUCGGAUACAUCCGAUAACUCCACAAACAGAAAACUCAUACUAUGAAGUGAACAGUUAAGAUAAGUACCCAUUUCUGUUGGUUAAUCGCAUGCUUGGAGCCACUAACCAUAGCAAAGAGACUUAAAUCAAUCAAACAAAUCAUGGUCUUCAAACUUAACUACAUUCAUCAAUUGGCUAAACAGAGAAAAAUUCCCAACUUUCUCAGUGAACACGGCCUUUCUAUCUACCAUAUCAUAUCAUAUCAAUCCUCCCACGAAGAAGAUGGAAGAACUACAACAACAACAUCCAUCCAAAGCUUCCUCACCAAAGGAAGCAUCAUCAACAACCACAACCGCAACCACAACAACAACAACCACAACUGCUGUGAAUUCUUCAGACUCGAAUUCUUCUACCCUAACAACAGAAGAACCCAAUGCUCCUCCUCAACAGAAGACAAAUCAAGCACAACCUCAACAGCAAAAACAAGGUGAAGAGAAGGUAAAUGCUGCAAAUUCUCCUUCAAAACAAGUGAAGGAACAACAGGAACCGCCAUUGCAGCUAAUUAUCAAGCUAAACACAAAGAAGAUAGUACUAACCGAAAAAAGUUGCGGUGGAGGAGGGGUUUUGUGCAGAGUCUUCGUUAGCUAUCGAUGGGAAGAGGGGUUUUGUGCAGAGUCUUCGUUAGCUAUCGAUGGGAAUUCACUAGUCAAUUGUUCUGGUUCGUGGCAUUUCCUAUCCAGCACUAAGUUAGUAGGAGGGGGAAAAUUGGAAGCACAGAGAUUCAAUUGAACUGCUGUCAAAAACUAGAACGAAGUAAACGAUACAUGGAAUAGAAUUCAAGAGUAAAAAGUUGCUUACAGAUAACCUGGGUUCGCACUGCAGAGCAUACCCUGAGACAGCGACCGCGAGCUGGUGGAAUCGAUGCCGACACGGCGGGGAGUGAAGCGGGAGAAGCGAUUGAAUAGCACCCAGCUGAGCAAUUGGCCUUGAGAAUGUGGAAGAAAGGCGAGCUGGGAAAAGAGAAGCGGCCGAGGUGGGCGUGGGUUUGACGCCGGCGGUCUUCGUUUGCAAUCGACGAAGAGAUGCUCGCUCUCGUCGUCCCUUGCUCGCCGCCUUCACUGUCGUCGUCGGAAUCCGGAAUCCGAAUCGCCGCCUUCACUGCCGCCUUCUAUUCGUCGUCACCCACUGCUCGCCGUCUUCACUCGUCGUCACCCACUGCGUGGAGAGGAUCGCCGUCUUCACUGCUCGCUAGCUGCGUGGAGAGGAUCGAAGGAAGGAAGAGGAUCGAAGAAAGAGGGGUUUCGGCGGUGAGAACUGAGAAGAAGAGUGUAAUUGGUUUCACAAAACCGGUUGUACCGGUCAUCAACACACAAAUAAAAUAAUAAAUUAAUAAUUUAAAUGAAAUCUAAUGGUUGAUAUAGUUUGGACAUGAUCUAAUGGCUGUAAAUGUUUUAUAGUACCAAUACUAUAAAGCACACUAAAAUGCCUCCUACAUGAUAAGUGUAAAAAUCAUUAUACCAAAUCGGAAUUUGGCCCUUAAGUUGUGUGUAACAAAUGACGGAAAGCUGAGCAUGUGGUAGGGACAGUGGUGACAGUGGGGAGCCAAUGGAAGAAAAAGCUGUGGAAGCGAUACUUGAAAGAGAUGAGUGAUUAGACGUGGAGGUCGAGGAGCUGGAUGCGGGUGACAAAGGGGCAGGUGAUUCGGGAGAAAAUCAGUAUCAGCAACAUCUUCAUCAUCAUAAAAAAAACUAACAUUCGAAUGACACAAAGGGAGACAAUCAGACAAAGCAGAAAGAAACAUGAGUUUCUCAAAAAAAAAAAAAAAACCUACAACACAGGAUAUCUAGAGAAGUUGAAGAACAAGAUUAUAGCAUAGAUAUCCUUUAUGAAUGUCAAUAUAGCCAAGAAAAACACACCAAGAAUUUUUCGAGGAUAGCUUUGUCGGUUCUUUAAGAAGGAGAAGCUAAUAAUGUUUAAAAGGAAGGUGCACCCAAAUACUCUAAGAUACAAGCAAUAUAGAUUAUUUUUUAAAAAGAAAAUAAUGAGGGCUAAGCUAACUAUGGGUUGGUGUUAUAUGGUAGUUGAACAAACGAACAUCUAUAGUGACUGCUUCAGGCCAAAAUUCAGAUGGAACGAGAGAAGCAAGGAUAAUGGGACGAGUAAGCUCUACAACGUGAUGCUUCUUACGCUCUACAAGGCCAUUGAUAGGGUAAAAGCGUAUAUGCCAAUUUCCUAUCUCGUAGUAAACCGGAAAGUCCGGGUAUCGUCUCUCAGGGACUGGUACAACCUUAAGUUCAAUCAAUUUUGUAGAGCAAACUAUAGGUGAAAAUGGUUUAAUGAGAUUAUUAACUACUAGCAAAAUAAUUAAACUAAUUAAGCAAAGUAAAAUGUUCGGGAGAAAUUCAAUGGGAGAAAGCUCUGGGAGAAACACCGGGAUUCACUACCUAUCCUAUCCAGAUUAAUUCACAUAAUCCAAUCGAUUUAAUCCAUACCUCUACAGUCAGGAUAUCACGAAUGUGCUAGCUAUCCCUGUCGGGAAUUACUACAUACUAAAUAAUCAAUUCAAAUCCUACUG